UCAGAUCUUGAAUGCGAUGUGCAGAUUUAUUUCUAUAAUUUAUUUAUUCAUUUCAAAUUAUCAAGUCAAACAUAAUUUUUAAUUUUUCAUACACAUUAAAUAUACAAGCAUCUUAGAUUUAUUAAAUAAAUAGUUUCCAUCAAUAUCACUGAUAAUUAAAAAUAUAACUAAGUUUUAACGAUGGAUGAAUCAAAGAAAGAAAAUCCGCAAUUAUCCGUAGAAGAACUUAAAAUCAAAGGAAACGAGUGUGUCAAAGAUGGAAAAUAUAUCGAAGCUGUGCUGCAUUAUACUCAUGCCAUAAAAAUGGAACCAAAUAAUUAUAUCUUAUAUAGCAAUAGAUCGUUUGCAUUUCUAAAAUUAGAUCAACACUAUUUAUCACUACAGGAUGCAAACGAAACUGUUAAAUUGCAACCAAAUUGGGCAAAGGGUUAUUUUCGGCGAGCAGAAGUAGAAGCUGCCAGUGGUUUAUAUGAUGAAGCUAUAAUAUCUUAUACACGGGCUUUACAACUGGAACCUCAUAAUCCCAAACUAAUGGAGUCUAUUAGAGGCAUUACUGAAUUACAGAAAAAGAAAUUAAAAGGUAGCCAAAACACAAUUUGGAUAUGUACAUGUAUAGGCUUAAUAAUAGGAAUUCUUGUUGUGAUUCUGGAUUACACACUAACUGCAAAUCCUACAUUAACUAAUCCAAUAAGUAUGGUAGCAUUUUCAAUUGCCCUGUCGGGUAUCGGAUUUGCGGUUGGAAAGACUGCAACACUUAUGACUGCGUGGAGUGCAGGAAAGUCGUUACAACCACCUCCUGAUUUAAUUUCAGAUGAAAAGCAAGAAAAUGAACAAACAAUACCUGAAAAAAAGACAAAGUACAGUAAAGCUCAAGCUAGGCAAAGGUAUAAGCAAGGCAAACAGCUAUAGUAAAGCUUUAUUAUAAAAGUAGAUAAUUAGUUACUACCUUCAUACUAGGUAUAAAACAAGUGUUAUGGUGAUGGAUCAUAUUUAAAUUUUUAUCAUCUUCAUUAAAACAUCAUCACUCUUGUAAAUUAUUAAUGGAAUAUUUUUCAAUAAUUACCCUGCAUAAUGUUUUUUUGUUCAUAUACAUACAUUUGUAAAAAUAUGGAUAUGAUUUAAAUGUUAACUCUUUGUAUUAGUUUAAAAAAAAUCUGAAUAUCAUAAUCUGCAAAUACAUAUUUAUAUCAAAUACACAUUGAAAGUUUAAAUUGCUGAA